GCAACGGUCGAUUGGGCUUCAAUAUCGACUCCGCCGCGAUUUGUACACGAACCGAACGGGCCGAUCCUUUACUACAAAGUAGAAAAGCAUGGUACCGAACAAAGCAAGGCGCCCGACAAUCUUUUCCAGAUCACAAUUCGAUGUGUAGCUGAGGGUAACCCUAACCCAUCGUAUCGAUGGUUUAAAGAUGGAAAACCCUUCAACGCUGCUAUGUACCCUGAGAAGUUGGUUCAGAUACCUGAUGAAGGAACUCUUAUUUUUACUAAGCUCGACGAAUCCGAUGCAGGAACGUACCAAUGCCAAGCCAUGAAUGACAACGGCACUGCAGUCUCGUUUCCUACGAAAUUAGAACAAACAUUGUCGGAUAGAUAUUUAGAGAAAAUACAUGUUUGCAAAAAGAAUCACCUCACGUGUGAGCCAUCACACUUAGGAUUCAUAGGCGCUGAGACUCCUCUGCUGAUACGAAAGGAGUAA